UUCUAAUCUCCUGUUUCCUGCCGAGAGCUGGUUUGUUGGGGAAGAACUUGUGUUUACAGGCACUCAACGCAAAAAAAACCGGGAGAGGAAGAGAGCAAGAAAGAGCGCAAAGGAGCGUAUUGAUGGAAAUGGUUGGGGCUCUGGAUGAGGGGGGGGCAUAUUCAGUUUGACAAGAACCAGAGCUGCUGUCUUUUUUCGCCAUUAUUAUGAAGUGGGAAUAAUGGGAGGGCUGCCAGCCGCUGACACAUUCACACACUCCCUCUCUCACACACACACACACACACACACACACACACACACACACACACACACACACACACACACACAGUCAUAUGGAAACUUGUGCUGUUGACAAAAGGUCAAAAAAUCUACCCGCUCAUCAGUGCACUGGAUGACUGAGUCCAGCUGGUGGUAACUGGAAGUCCUCCUUGGAUCUGAUUCCCGUCCGACUGUGGAGAUAAACACCAGCUUUUCCUCCAACUUUUUGACUAAUCUGGGAGCUCGCUGGGAUGUUACACAAAAGACCGAACUUGCAGUGAUUCUCGCCUUUGCAUAACAGUGAUUUAACAAGGUAACACUGGCCUGGAUAUCGGGAAAUCCCCUGACGGAACAUUGUAUGUGUGUCCUGCUGAGGAUCAGUGUAAACUCACCCAAUUGAAGUUUAAUCCCAGGGUUAAGCAGGGGCAGUGUGUUAGUGAUGCUGGUGAUGGAGGUGAUUCAGCACCACAGUCCCUGCCCCCAACAGGUAUGACCCUGAACUUGAACCCGUCCUGGAGCUCUCUGGACAGGGGUACAGCCGACUGGUUUGGGGUGAGCAAAGACAGCGACAGCACCCAGCGAUGGAGGAGGAAGAGCCUGCAGCACUGCAGUCAUCUGUACGGGGGUCUAAAGCCUCAGGUGAUGAGGGAGAUGGAGCUACACAGCCAAGACAACCUCUCCCUGGCCAGCACUGAGACCCCUCCUCCCCUUUACCUCCCACCCCACCACCCCAAUCACCACCACUAUGGCAUGCAGAGGAUCGUAGACCCCCUGGCUCGGGGUCGUGCUUUCCGCAUGGUGGAAGAGGUAGACGGUUUCAGUGUCCCGCAAACUCCCAUCACGCCGGGCACUGCCUCCCUCUGCUCCUUUUCCAGCUCCCGCUCAGGCCUCAACCGGUUGCCACGAAGACGCAAACGGGAGUCUGUUGCUGUCAUGAGUCUCAAGGCGGCAGCAGCACUAAUGAAGGGCCGGACAUUAGGGGACAGCACAACGGGGCGAUGUCGCAGAAGGAGUUUUAUGCCACCUAGUUUCUUUGAAGAUGACACUGUGGACUUCCCUGAUGAUCUGGACACUUCCUUCUUCACCAGAGACGGCCUGCAGGAUGAGUUGUCCACUUACGCUGAUGAAGUUUUUGAGACACCAUCGGAGGCUGACCUCAACCAGCUGGACGAGCGGGAGCUCACAGGAAGUGCACUGGACAAGAAUGAACUGGAGAGGACUCACCUCAUGCUGCCCUUAGAGCGAGGAUGGCGAAAAGCAAAAGAUGGAUCUCUGAUUCAACCUAGGGUGCGUCUUAAACAGGAAGUAGUGAGCGCCAACAGCCACCAGCAGAGAGGACAAAGGAUCGUCGUUCCCGUUAAGAAGUUGUUUGCCAAAGAGAAGAGGCCUUAUGGGCUCGGCAUUGUUGGACGUCUCACAAACAGAUCGUACCGCAAGCGCAUCGACAGCUUUGUGAAAAGGCAGAUUGAGGACAUGGACGAUCACAGGCCUUUUUUUACCUACUGGAUCACAUUCGUCCAUUUGCUCAUCACCAUUCUGGCGGUCACCAUCUAUGGCAUAGCACCUGUUGGAUUCUCACAGCAUGAAACUGUUGACUCUGUGUUGAGGAACAAGGGAGUGUAUGAAAAUGUCAAGUUUGUGCAACAACAAAAUUUCUGGGUUGGUCCAAGCUCGGAGGCACUCAUACACCUGGGAGCAAAGUUUUCCCCUUGUAUGCGUCAAGACCAAGAAAUCCGACAACUGAUCCAGGAGAAGAGAGCGAGAGAGAGAGAGUCCGGCUGCUGCGUGAGGAACGAUCGCUCCGGCUGUCUGCAAACCGUGCAGGAGGAGUGUUCGAGCACCCUGGCUGUCUGGGUGAAGUGGCCUCAGCACCCCAGUGCUCCCAGUCUGAAUGGUACACUACGCCAACAUGGGGCAGUGUGCCAUCAGGACCCAAGAAUCUGUCUGGAGCCAGCCUCAGUUUCACCUCAUGAGUGGCCUGAUGACAUCACCAGAUGGCCUGUUUGCACAAGAUACAACUCCGGAAAUCACACCAACCUUCCUCACAUAGACUGCACCAUCACAGGCCGGCCCUGCUGCAUUGGAACUAAAGGACGGUGUGAAAUCACUUCCAGAGAGUACUGUGACUUCAUGCAUGGCUACUUCCAUGAGGAGGCUACUCUCUGCUCACAGGUGGCCUGCAUGGACGAUGUGUGUGGUUUGCUGCCUUUCCUCAACCAGGAGAUCCCAGACCAGUUCUCUCGCCUCUGGCUGUCCCUCUUCCUUCAUGCAGGGAUCCUGCACUGCCUCGUGUCUGUGUUUUUUCAGAUGACGGUGCUGAGAGACAUCGAGAAGCUGGCUGGCUGGCUCAGAAUCUCCAUCAUCUACAUGCUGAGCGGCAUCACCGGCAACCUGGCCUCAGCCAUCUUCCUGCCCUACAGAGCAGAGGUGGGUCCUGCGGGCAGUCAGUUCGGCAUCCUGGCCUGCCUCUUUGUGGAGCUGUUUCAGAGCUGGCAGAUCCUGGAGCGACCGUGGCGAGCGUUCGCAAAGCUCCUGGCCAUCUCCGUCUUCUUCUUCUCCUUCGGUCUGCUUCCUUGGAUCGACAACUUUGCCCACAUCUGCGGCUUUGUGUCAGGGUUUUUCCUGUCCUUCGCCUUCCUUCCGUACAUCAGCUUCGGGCAGUCUGACAUGUACCGCAAACGGUUCCAGAUCUGCAUCUUCCUGCUGGUCUUCCUGGGUCUGCUCUCUGCCCUGGCUGUCCUUUUCUAUGUCUACCCAGUGAAGUGCGACUGGUGCGAGUACCUCACCUGCAUACCCAUCACGGACAAGUUCUGUGAGAAGUACGACCUGAACGCACACCUCCUCUGAACACUGCCCGUUCUCAUGUUCACUGGACAUCUGAAAAAACAAGAUGUGGUGCUGCAGUGACACUUGUGAAAACAUUUCUUCUGGAGGGAUGACCAGGACUUUUUAUAACGUCAUAUUUGAUCAGAAAAGAUUCACACACAUAUGAAACAGAAUGAUCAUUUUAAACAUGAUGGAAAAGGACUUAAAACAUUCUGUGUGACUGAUCUCAAGCUGGGCUAAUCAGAGACCAGUGGCACUGAAGGUGAGUUACAAAGACAGUUGAUUUCCUGCCAAAUGAUUUACCUCUCUCCUGUGAUAAAAUGGAUGUAACAGUGCCCCCUAUUGGCCUCCAGAAGAGGUGCAUCUUGAAACGUGAUGUAUUUCUGUUUUCUACUUUUUUUUACUGAGAGUCGUCCUCGGAGUUAAACAAUGAGACUGAAUUACUUUGAUGUGCCUUACUGAUUGAUAACCACUCACACACACACAGACAAACACACAUACUCACACGUCUUUUUGUGCCAUCAAUCAGUUUGUGUCUGCUGUUUCAGACGUGUUGGGUUUUGUUGCUCUGUAGAACCUGCUUUCACAAGGUGUGUAAAACGUUUUUUCUACUUUGUGUUUGGAGGCUGAAAUACACUUUUUUUUUUAUCACACUGUAAAUGUUGGUUUCCACCGCAGCCUUUUUUUAUGCACUUAAAUCACAAAUGGAUUGUUUUUUUAAUUUGCACUGUGUUGAAUCUGUAUAAAGCACAACUGUAUGGUAACAUUGUGAAAUGAUGUUUGUUUGUUUUCUACCCUAUGUGGUGGCGUUUUAGCCACCUGACAAUAAAGACAACAAGACACAUGAAA